AUGAAGAAACCUAAGCAAACCCAGAUGAACCCUAACUGGGUUCAACUCCAACAAAAGCUGAAGCUUAAUGGCUCCAAAGCUUCAAGGACCUAUGAUUCUGAAGAUGACACACCAAAUUCAAUAUUGGGGAAACGUAAAGAGAGGCUAAAUGAUGAUUCUGAUGAUUGUGAGAUUAACCCUCUUGAUCCUGUAAAUGAUGAUGCAAGUUUGACAGAUGCUGUGGCUAUGGAUUGUGAAAUGGUUGGGGUUGGUCAAGGAAACAAAAGUGCCCUCGCAAGAGUGUCGUUGGUAAACAAGUGGGGCAAUGUUAUUUACGACGAGUUUGUACGACCAAUGGAGCGGGUUGUUGACUACCGUACUAAAAUUAGUGGCAUAAGACCUCAAGAUCUGAGAAAAGCUAAGGAUUUUUGUACUGCUCAAAAGAAGGUGGCAGAGUUGAUCCACGGAAGAAUCCUUGUAGGCCAUGCCUUGUCCAAUGAUCUUAAGGCAUUGUUACUAAGUCAUCCCAAAAAGGAUAUAAGAGAUACCUCCGAGUACCCACCGUUUCUAAGGUCAAGUGGUAGAGUAGCAUUGCGGCAUCUAGCUUCCGAACAUCUUGGUGCUAAGAUUCAAACAGGAGAGCACUGCCCGGUAGAUGACGCCCGCGCUGCUAUGAUGCUUUACCAAAGAAAUAGAAAAGAAUGGGAGAAGAGCGUAAAAGGCAACUUUCGAAAGCAAAAGAAAAGGAAGAAGAAUAAAGAGGCAAAAUAA